ACACGUCCCGGUGCGCUCCGCGGGUGCGGCCUCUCGCGCGGCGCGCGGUUGCUAGGUAGCAGCGCGCCAACGACGCCAGCUGGGCUGCCGGCUGCGGGCUGCGGGCUGAGGGCAGUGUCCCGCUGACCCGAAAGCCCUGGGCACGGCCUGAGUCCGCCGCGACCCCGCGCUCCCCCGGGCGCUGGGACCUGCGGCGCAGGCGGAGCCGGAGAAGACAGGCGGCUGCAGGGUCCUGCCGGGAAGAUGUCCUACUACGGAAGAUGCAUUGAGAUUGUGAUAGAGCAACUGGACAAAUUUAAACCUGAGAAAGACAGUCCUGAGCUGUUCCUGGAAGCCGUGUCCACCUCCCUGCAGCCGGGAACGUGGGUGCAGGGCCGGGAGCACAGCCCUCUCCCCUCGCGGGUUUCACGGCCAGCCGGAUCACGGUCUGCACGCCCACCAUCUCCUGCGCUGAGCCCCCAGAAGCAGGCAUUCGUCACAGAGCUCCUGUCUGGCUGCCUGAAGUACCGGAAGCUCCUGGCCAUCGUAGUGGACGCCUUCUAUGUGCGAGAUGGCCAGCUCUGCCUGUGGGCCGACUAUAGUCUCUUCCAAGUGCUCUGCUACCUGGCCACCUUCCAGCUGGAUGAGCUCGGCUUCCAGCUCUUCUGCAGCAUUGUCAGGGCCCUGCCUGCGGGCAAGACCUGCAAGUUCCUCAGGUUCUUCUUCAGCACCUUAAACCUAUGCUCCUGGAUCAAGGACGAGUGGAGCCUGAUCUACACGCCGGCCCACGUGCAGGAGAACUGGAUCGAACCCCUGCUGAGGUGGCAGCCAGAGGUCCAGGGCCUGCUGGACCAGCUGGAGGGGGGAUCGGCCCAUCAGGCCGCUCUCAGCAAGGUCCAGGCCAAGCUCACAGAGCCUCGGGAAUUCAGCCUGACCACACCCCGGCCCCGCGCCAUUCCAGUGCCCGACCCAGUCCCCACUGUGGCCAAGCCAAGACCUGUCCCACGGAGCACCUACCAGGAGCCCAGGGAGCAGCAGCAGCUGCAGCUGAUCAAGAGAUCCAACCGCCUGAAGGCCGAGGAGCUGCUGCUGCUGGCCAACAGAGAAGAGCUGCGGUGCGCCAUGCCCAGGCCCCAUGGGGGGCCACCCACACAGGACUCCAAGCAGCAGCUGCGGCCUCAAUCCGCCUUGCCCCGCAUCCGGAAGACUCCCAAGCUGACCUUCUACAGGCCUGACCAUGUCCCUGUCAAGCUGAACGCUGCUGCCAUCCUGCGGGAAGGGGCCCUGUACCGGCGCCAGGUGGAGAAGGAGCUACAGAGAGUUGACAAGCUUGUGGACGGGCACGGGGACAUCUCUGAAUUCCUUGAGUGGCAGGAGAGGAUGCAGGCCAAGGACCGAGCGGAGCAGCUGGCUAUGAGUGAGUGCCGCAGGCUGCAGGGGAAGCUGAGUCACGAGGAGGCGGUGCUGGCCCGGCAGCAUGUCCUGCAGGAGAACAAGCAGAAGGCAGACCAGAAGAAGGAGCAGACCGCAGAGCUGAUGCUGCAGUGUGCGGAGCGUCGCCUCCGGGAGGACAGGGCCAUGAAGGAGCUGGCGGAGCAGGUGGCAGAGGCGCAGAAGAAUGUCAAGGUGGCUCAGAUGAAGCUGGUGAAGAGCCGGCGGCAAAUAGUCCAGGAGAUGACCGACGAGAGCCGGGAGCUGCUGCAGCGCAGCAUGAAGGCAGCCGAGGAGGAGCACAGGCGGCGCUCGGAGCUCAUCUCUCAGCUGCGUGCGCUGGAGACGCGGCCCUCACGCAAGGGCAAGCUGGUGGACCUGACCCAGAUCCCCGGAUAUGGCCUGGAAGGGGAGAUGUCAGUGGCGGAGCUGCGGGAGCGGCUGGCUCUGCUCAAGGAGACGCAGAAGCGUGAAGAGGAGGAGAGGCGGGAUCAGAUCAUCCGGGACAAGCGCACCAAGAGCGAGGAGCUGCUGAACACCAUGGAGCAGAUAUCCCUGUGCCGCAUGGCUGUGGGGAGAACCGCGGCCCUGAGGUACGUGGGAACGGAAGCUUUCAAGCUCAAGACCCAGAUGCAGUUACUUGGCACUCAGGUCUCAAGGACAACCUUCUGUCACGUGACCCCGGGUAACUAGCUAGCUGCUUAUCUGUCUGCAGAGCCAUUUGGAGAUAGUUACAGGCCUCAGAUGCUUCCUCCCUGAACAGCCUAGCUGCAUCCCCUAAAAAAAGACUGUCCUACAUAACCCAAUGCCAUGACACAGCUAGGAAAGGUAACAAAAUUCCCAGCCUCACCUAAGUAUCUUGUCCAUAUUCACACUUCUGCAGCACCCCAAGAUUGUUGAAACUUCUUAAAGAUUUGAUAACUUUUUUUUUUCUUUUAAAACCAGGACCUGGUGCUUACUUAGGCAGCACAUAUACUAAAACUGGAAC